UUUUUUUUUUUUUUCACUUGGAGAGUUUCUUUCUUGCCAAUAUACAAUGAUGGCAUCACAGAAACCUAGUCAAGGAUUACCUUUACCCAGUAUCAAUGCCGUCCAUAGAAACGACAAUUAUCUUCCUUUGAUUACUACUAUCUAUAUAUCAAUAUCAUUUUCAUCAGUUUUUAUCAACAAGUAUCUUACCACAGCAUCAGAGUACAAAUUCCCUUAUUCUUCGGUAACUGUUUUUUUGCAAUUGAUUAUCACGGUUGGUUUUUUACAAAUAUGGCGACAGUGUCAAAAAAGGUAUUUACCCAGUUGGUUACGACUUUCGAAAAUGACAUCCACUGGUUGGCGUCAAGUACUUCCUUGUACCGUGAUUUAUGUGAUGAUGAUGUUAUUGGAUCCUUUCUUUCGAACACGAGUAAAUGCCACCAUGUACACAGCAGUUCAAGCAUGGUGUAUCCUGUUUGCUUUGGCCUGGACAAUGAAGUUUGGUCACAAAAGUACUGGUCAGCAACUACGACGACGACGAGGACAAGCACAAUGGGCAAUGGAACGAACGGCAUGGGGAUAUUGUCUGGUACAAUUUAUUGGUAUAUGGUUUGCUAGUGAAGUGACAAGUGAAUCAUCAUGGUUCUCUUUCUCUCUUACGUCUUCCUGGGUGGGUCUAUGUUAUGCUGCCUUGAUGGUCACAUAUGCUGUUACCAUUCAAAACGCUCUUGUAGGUCUUCGACAUGAUGUGACUCUCUUGUUACAAUGGCAUCUUACUUUGACAACUGCAUUAACGACAUUGAUUGUAUUGGUAUCUGGUGAAUUGAUGGAUGCCUAUCGAACUGUGUUAUUCUGGGAUGAACUAGGUUUUUGGAUUCAAAUGAUAAUCGGGUCUUUAUUGGCAAUGGUGAUACACAUUUUCAUGAUUUUAUUGAUCAAGUACUCCUCACCACUUUCAUAUACCGUAGCAGCAACAACCAAGACAUGUUUACAAGCUAUUAUUGCCUUUCUUCUUUUUGGAAACCUUAUGACUGGAUCUCAAUUUUUAUUUCUUUCUGUGUCUUUGAUUGGUGCCAUUUGUUAUGCCAAAAAGUCGACUUCCAAAACGAUUGAUUCCAUCUAUUCUAUGUAGUUUUAUUUUAUUUAUGAUACCAUAGUUAUCUUUUAUUAUAUAGUUUCCUGUAUCUAGAUUAUUACCCAAAAUUACAAUAAUAUAGAUAAUCAAAUAAAAACAAAAUUAUUACCUAUUU